UUAAUCCAUACCCAAAAUAUUGCUUCUUUUAUGAUCCUUGAUAUUAGACAAGAAGAAGAAGAAGAGAAAAACAAUCAGCUGCUCUGCUGCAUUGAGAUUUUCUUCUUCAACAGAGAAAAGAGAGCUGGGAUUGAGGUUGGUUGAUCAUGACAGUGGUUGAUAGAGAUGAUCCAGAUAAGAGGAGAGCAGUCUUUGAUUUCACAGAUCAUCAAAGACCACCAAAAUCUCCCGAUCCUUAUUCCGAUUACAUCAGGACCUACGCACAAGUUGUUCGAAAAGAUAUGAAUAAGCAACAGAACCAGAAUCCGAAUCCCCCGACCUCCAGCAGAGCUCCUACUACUAAUAUUGGCACCUCUAAUGGUGGCGGCAGAGGUCCUAAUACUUCUAUUGGCAGCACUAAUGGUGGCGGCAGAGCUCCUAACACUACUAUUAGUAGUGCCAAUGGUGGCGGCAGAGCUCCUAAUACUACUAUUGGCAACGCUAAUGGUGACGGCUGGGGUCUUAAUACUAAUAUCGGUAGCGGUAAUGGUGGCAGCGUACCCAUUAAUACACCUCCUUCAACCUCCUCCUCCUCCUCAUUAUCAAUUCCGCUUCAGUUCGGCAAUUUAAAGUAUGACCCAUCAUUGCUCAGUAGUAGUAACCUCAAAUUCGCCAUUAACCCACCACAACUUACCUCAUCAUCAUCAUCGUCAUCGGAGGCGCGCAUAUCUAGCACUGAUUUCCCUAAGUUGCAACGUCUUAUCAAGCUUGCCAUCGACGCAGGUCGUUUGCGGAGCAAAUGCAGAAACUGCGGCAACUCUGUUCAGCAUUGUUGUGAACAAACCAUACUCGAAGCAGUUUCCUCUCUCCCUCCUCCGCCUUCUAAUUCAUAAUGUUUUACGCGAUGUUCUUCGUUAGUUAUUCGUACAAUAAUGCUUUCUAGUUUCUUGAGAUCUCGAUCUGUUCUAUUUUAUGGAGCUCUUCCAUUUCUGUGUUUUGUAUGGAUCUCCCUUACAGAAGGGUAAGCCUGACUCAAGUUAGAUCAAAACUUUCAUUUGAUUAAUCAAAAUGUCAGUAC